AUGGCUGGAAGCAACCGCGCGGGGCGAAGCGUCGCCGUCUUUCGGGAGGCGCUGGAGACCGCGCUGCGGCCACGCGGCGGCGGGAAGGGACCCAGGUUGUGCUUGCCGUGUUGUAGGCAGUUAAGCUCCAGUCGGAUCCUGGCCCCUCGGAUUCCGAAGACCUGCCCUUCUCUCCCCUCGACACUAACUGUGAAGCAGCAGAGCCGGCCCUUCUUGAACUUGGCGGCCCCCCUGUUUGGUGCCGGCAAGCGCAUAGAAUAUGCAGAAGUCCAUCAACUCGGGUAUUCUGUCGAGCAGAUGUACGACGUCGUGGCCGACAUAGCCAGCUAUCGGCUGUUUGUCCCUUGGUGCACCAGCUCCCGCGUCCUGUCCCGUCACAACGAGUUCUCACGAGCCGAAUUGGAAGUGGGUUUCCCGCCUGUGGUAGAGCGCUACAUCUCUGAGAUCUCUUUGGUGCCACAUCGUCAGAUCCGAGCCGUGAGUAAAGACGGGCGGUUAUUUCAGCACUUGGAAACGCUGUGGCAGUUUGGGCCAGGACGUGCCGGUCAUCCGGACACAUGCACACUCAGCUUUUACGUUUCCUUCGAGUUCAGGUCGAUUCUCCAUUCUCAGCUAGCCAACCUCUUUUUUGACGAGGUCGUCAAGCAGAUGGUCUCGGCCUUCGAGCGACAGGCAGAGAAGCUGUACGGCCCGCAGGCUGCAGUCCGGCAGCGCAAGAAAGUUUGUUGCACGUGACCGGCGGU